AUGUCCCCGCCCUCCUACACUCCCCUCGAGCUCUCCAAGCUCAAAGACUACAAAGCCCUCGUCUUCGACUGCUACGGUACCCUCAUCGACUGGGAGACCGGCAUCCACACCGCGCUCGCCCCGCUCUUCGCCGCCGCCGGCCGCCCGACCGACCGCGGCACCGUCAUCGGAGCGUUCGCCGCGGUCGAGCCCGCGCUCCAAGCGCGGUUCCCCACCAUGCGCUACCCCGACGUCCUCGCGCUCGCGUACACGACCAUCCACGCCGACCUGCACGGCCCGCCGCCGCCCUCGUCCUCAUCCCCCUCUCCUGGGGAAGUGGAGCGGCAGGCGCGCGCGUUCGCGGACGCCGUCGAGACCUGGCCGCCGUUCCCGGACACGGUCGCCGCGCUCCAAACCCUCCAGCGGCGCUUCAAGCUCGCCAUCCUCUCCAACAUCGAUCGCGCGACGAUCGCGCGCACCCGCCGGCACAUGGAGGGCCCCGGUGGGUUCGCGUUCGACGGGGUGUACACCGCGGAGGAGGUCGGGGCGUACAAGCCCGCGCCGGAGAUGCUGACGUUCGCGCUCGAGCGACUGAAGACCGAGUUCGGGAUCGAGAGCGGGGAGGUGCUGGUGACCGCGCAGAGCGUGUUCCAUGACAUCGUUCCGGCCAGGGGGCGAGGCUUGGGGACGGCGUGGAUCAACAGGGCGGGGGCGGUCACCGGGAAGCCCGAAGUGGGGGAGGAGGGGCAGGCCAUGUUUGUGUUCCCGACGCUUGGAGCGAUGGCGGAGGCGGUGGAGACGGCGUACGCAUGA